AUGGCUUCUAAAGACACGUAUAAACUAGCAAUCACUGCUCUGGCGUGUGCUGUUACUUCAGCAUUCACAUACAAAACGUAUCAAGAUGUGUAUGGUAAUGGAGGGAAAAAAGAAGCGGAUAAGUUUAUUGAGGUUCUCGAUCCUGCACUGGAACUGUUGAAGCCGAAAGUUUAUAACGCUGAAGAAUUUAAACCCUCUCCAGAGUUCGCGGGAUCGAUUGAUGGAUAUGUUUUUAAGAGGGAUAAGCUUGGUGUCGGGUAUUACAUUGAUAAAGAGUUCGACGCUGUAUUACAGCCAGAGGUGGAGGAGCAACGCCGGAGAUUGGCUGAAAUGCCUUGA